CCGGUCUGCUUCAAUAUGCAUUGGUUUCGUAGAUACUUGAACACUCUUACUUUGGUUAGCUCCUGGGAUAGGGAUCAGUCGUAGCUAUAAUGAAGUCCACAAACACCCCUGAACUUAACAGCUAGGACGGGUUACCACAAUGAAUCUGAACAACACCCGAUACGCUGGAUCUGAUCUUGUAGUCUUCAAUCGGCCAACACGAGUCGACAGCGAGAAAUUGAUGCCACUCUUUAGGCACCUCGCUGCCAUGAAUGAUAUAAAUGUGGUGCUGAAUGGACCUGUUAGAACGAUGAAUAGAACCCGUACUGAAAAAGAACAAAUUACCGAAGCGGAAUGGGCCAGUGAACUAGAGAGUGGAUCGAUCUAUAUGGCCCACUCCAAUUGGCUGGACUUUGCUAGCUUUGAGUAUAAGAAACCCAUCUACAUUUCCCUAGUAAAGGACCCUAUAGAUCGAAUGGUAACAGAUUACUACCAAAGACGCUCUUGGAUUAAGAGAGCCAUUUCUAGAAGGGUGUAUCCAGGACGUAAUGAAAGACCCGAAGAGUGGUACCAACAGAGUUUCAAUGAGUGCGUCAGGAAUAGAGAUCCCGAAUGCCUCUUUAUCCAGUAUUCAUUACAAGAUUACAUUCAGGACUUCAAAAGGCAAUCCCUGUACUUCUGUGGCAACGACCCCGAUUGCUUACCCUUCAAUUCCCAUUAUGCUAUUCAGCUAGCUAAAAGAAGAGUGGAGAAGGAAUAUUCUGUGGUGGGAACUUGGGAGGAGAGAAACAUAACGCUGACUGUGUUGGAGAAAUACAUUCCCAGAUUCUUCAAUCAUGCUCGUUUCCUUUACAAAUUGCACAGCAAAAGUAUCCGUAAUCGAAAUCGCAAUAAUCGAAAACCCCAAAUAGAUCCCGACGUUAGGAAGAUGGUGAGGCGGAACUUUACCAACGAAUAUGAGUUCUAUUACUUUUGCAAGCAGCGUUUGUAUAAACAAUACUUGGCUCUGCAGCUCGAGGAUAAUCUUAAAUAAGGAUCAUAUAAAUGAUAAUGACAAUAAUAAAAGUAACCAUUUUUAUUGAAA